CGGAAAGAAAGGAAUAACAUUGCCGAAGUUGGAGACGAGUACGAACCGGAACUGCCUGGUCAAACCGGUAGAAAGCGUCAGUUUGAUGGACCUUAUCAAUAUCAACCCGAGACACAUGUCGCCACGUUUAUAAAUCAAACCUGGAAUGAUAGCCAAUCUGAAGCUUCAUUUCCGUCGGUGGAACUGCAACAGCACCAUCAGAACGAGAUGUCGACAUCUGAGAAUGAUAAAGAGGAAAUCUUCACUCCUGAAGUUCUACGGGAGUACAUCCGUAUUCGUUCGCCCUUUGCUCGGAAUUUGCUCACCGAAUUCUUUGGCACAGCAAUGCUCCUUAGGCAAGAUAUACAGCAAGGAGAGUUGUGCUUACAUAUGGAUACGGUGAAUGAAGCCGUAAACGUUCGUUAUCCAAUGCGCGAUAUGGCGCUGAAGUAUGGCCCAAAUAAAGCAAUGUUCGCAAACAGCCCAUCAAGAGGUGUUGUUAGGAAUAAAGACAACGUUUUUGAUACGGUCACCACGUCUCCCGAUAUUCCCAAUUGUUAUUUGUGCUAUGGUGCUGUAGUUCGUGACGGAUACGGUUGCUCCUAUAACCUCCAGAAUGACACCAUCAUCUUCGCACCGUCUGCGUUCAAAUCGAAUCCGCGAACUAAUUUGGCCGCUUUCAAAGAUUCGAUCCGAUCCUCUUUGUAUGACAUGAGAAGCCUUCUCAUUAAUUCAUAUGUA